UGUUCUUCCUUUUACUGAGGAUGUGAAAAUGUUACAUUUGUUUCUUGACCAAAAGCAAGAAGAGUACUUUCAGAGUUUAUCCAAAGAUGCUUCCACCAAGAAUUGGUCACAGCUUGCUAAGAUUGCUCUGGCUCAGACUAUCCUCUUUAAUCGGAGAAGAGAGGGUGAGGUCUCAAAAAUGCCAUUAAAGGCAUUUAUCAGCAGAAAUGCAGAUGACUUGCAUGAGGAUAUUGCUCUUGCACUUUCUGAGCUUGAAAAGAAACUCUGCAAUCAUUUUACCCGAAUUGAAAUUCGUGGAAAGAGAGGACGAAAGGUUCCGGUUCUUUUAACACCUGUAAUGCAAAAAAAUAUGGAGCUUCUUGUAGAGAAAAGAGAAAAUUGUGGUAUUCCAUCCGAAAACAUUUACAUGUUUGCACGUCCCGCAGCAUUGUCUCAUUUUAGGGGAUCAGAUUGCCUUAGAGAAUUUGCAACAGAAUGUGGAGCAAGGAAUCCAAAGGCACUUUCUUCGACUAAGCUGCGUAAACACAUAGCAACAUUGUCCAAUGUUCUGAACCUCAAUAAUACAGAAUUGGACCAGCUAGCUGACUUUUUAGGGCAUGAUGUGCGAGUACACAGGGAAUAUUACAGACUUCCAGAAGGCACUCUACAGCUGGCCAAGAUCAGCAAAAUUUUGAUGGCAUUAGAGACAGGAAGACUUGGGGAGUUCACUGGAAAGAACCUAGAUGACAUUGACAUUGAUCCAAAUGGUAUGUUGACUGGAGAUCAUGUAAUAAUUGUAGGCACAUGGAAAUAUAAAAGAUUAAAAAAUGGAUAUACUGUAUAUGUCUCAAGUCAUUUUAUUGGUGUUUUAAUAGAGGCAGUAUUUGUUCAGAGUUCAGAUUUCUCAAGGGAUUUAUCAGGAACAGAGAAUGAAUCAGAUGAUGAUCUUGGAGCAGACCUACACUUAGAACCAUCCCCAAAGCAAGCCCAUGAAACCUCAGCUGACCAAGCAGCUGAACCAACCAGUUCCACAUCAGUUCCCAAAGGUGUUAAAGUGAUAAAGAAAAAGAAAUGGGAGACAAGUGAAGUGAAAGCAGUUGAAAAGCAUCUGGACAGGUUCAUCAAAACUUGCACAGUGCCAGGAAAAAAAGACUGUGAAGCUUGUAUAAAAGCUGAACCUGUUGCACUGAAAGAUAGAGAUUGGUUAUCUGUUAAGUUCUUUGUAAAGAACAGAAUCACUGCUCUUAAGAGGAAGAUGUAACCCAGAAAUAUUCUCUAUAGUUUCAUUCAGUUAUGUUUGCACAGAAAUUGGCAGUUUUUGUUUUUGCUAUUUUCUUGUUAUUGAUAAAAUGAUUCUGCCAUAACUGUAUUCGAUACAGUAUUUUUUUUAUUUGAACAGAAUUACUGAUAUUAAGAGAAAGAUGUAACCUAGGAAUAUUCUGCAUAGGUAUAUUCAGUUAUAUUUGCACAGAUUUUGGUAGUUUUGUUUUUGCUUUUUUAUUGAUAAAAUGAUGCUGCCAUAAUUGUAUUCCAUCCUGUAUUAUAUUUUAUUUUGGUACAGUAUAUUUCAUAUGCAAAUGGAAAAUUUGAGUUAGUUUCAAAGCAAUUAAUAAGUAAAGCUUUCAAAAUAUUGAAAAAAUAAAGCCAUUUGACUAAAUCAGCUCUCUUAUCUUGUAAAUUACAAUGGCAAAUUAAUCGUUUGUAAAAUUGUGUCCCCAGAUUAUUCGCAAGUACCUACAUUAUAAGGAAUACCAGAAAAAUAGUGUGUGUGUGUCUGCUGGUCCACACAAGCUUGGUUUACCAGAAAUUGUCCCCAGAUUGUGGUAAAAUGUCAGAUUGCUUUAUAAAGGUUUUUUCUUUAAUUUGAAGUGACAGGUGUGUUUACAACUUUAAUUAAUACAUGAAUAUGUAUUUCAAUUUUUCCUAAAGUCUUUAGAAAUAUGGGUCCCCACAUUGCAGGAUCCAGCAUGUAGUCCCCAAAAUAGA